AUGGCGAUCACUAACGAGUACUCCAUUGCGCGAGUGAGCUCGACUUGUGUCAAGUCAGCCAACGAGCAAAGUGUUCUGGUCGAAGCUGGAGGGUUCGCUCCCAUCGAAUACUUCUUGAAGCACUCGGCGUCAGGUAUCGCCACACAGGAAGACGACACAGAGCCGCCACGGAAGCGACAGAAGUUGCGACAACAGAAGACGAAAGCAGCGCACACUGCCUAUUCACAGAGUAAGGAUGACAGGAUCCCGAUCCACAAGGUUAUCAUCGAUCUAGUCUUCCCGCAGUCACUUCAGGGCAGUUCCGUGUCUUCCCAGGCGAUUCAGCAAGAUGCAGACUUCAAAGGCGCAAAAGCGAUCGAUGUUGUCCCGUAUGGCAUCGAUCCAGAGGACGAUAGCGACGUUCUCAUGCGCUUCACGUUGGCCGAGCCGUCAAGUCCUGUCCUCAUCGUCGAAGCAACGGACGUUGCAAAGGCUGCGCAGGAUGCUUUGAGACUCUACGCACUUCCAGGAGCUAUACGGGCGACACUGAACGGGACUCGAGACGAUAUGCAUCCUGCUAGUGUGGUUCGUUGUACACUGACCAGAUCGCUGGGACAGCUCCAUACUGUUGUCAGACUGGAGGUGACAGUAUCUUGGCGCUCUGGUGUUUCUGCGUUCCCGCAAGGUGUGCCAGUUGGGAAGUCCAGAGUAUACGACGAUUACGAUCUGCUAGCUGGAGCGUAUCCUGAUGCUAGUCGAAAUGACAUCGAUCAUAAUCAGCCUUGGUCGCCACAGGACUUCUAUGAAAGUGUGCAUGUGCCACCGAAAGACGGUGACACUCAAGGCCUCUGGAACACUGUAGAGGAUGCCGAAGGUAAUACCUGUUACGUCAACUUCCUUCAAGCUACGAUUUCUCGCGAACCCUUGAACCAAACAAAUUUGUCCGGCGGCCUGCUUGCUGAGGAGAUGGGUCUCGGCAAGACUGUUGAGCUCAUGGCCUUAAUCGCAUCACAUCGAGACGAAGGUCAUCAAGCAAAGUCGAUGUUUGAUGCGCUCUCUGGAAUGACAGUCACAGCUUCGAAGGCUACUUUGAUCAUCACUCCACCCUCGAUCAUGCAGCAGUGGAAGUCUGAACUCGCACGACACGCUCCUGCCUUACGUGUGCACCAAUACCGGGGCAUUCCGGCGGGCCGUCAAAAGCCAGCUGCCCAGCAGCAAGUCAUCGACGAUUUGUGCUCAGAGUAUGACGUUGUGCUAGCAACGUAUAGCACUCUAGCGCACGAGGUGCACUUUGCCGAAGAUCCUCCUGAUAGAGACAUGCGACACGCACGAAAGUUUGAGCGCAAGCGGAGUCCUCUCGUACAGAUUCGGUGGUGGCGAGUGUGUCUUGAUGAAGCUCAGAUGGUGGAGUCGGGCGUCACAGCAGCUGCUCGUGUGGCUUGUCGCUUGCCCCGUGUGCAUAGCUGGGCUGUUACGGGCACACCUUUAAGGAAGAAUGUUCAGGAUCUCCAUGGUCUACUCAUCUUUCUACAAUAUCAGCCUCUCAGCGAGAGCAACAAGCUUUGGAGUCAUCUCAUCACCAAUCACAGGCACAGAUUCCGCAGGAUAUGGGGAGACAUUGCACUUAGGCAUACGAAAGCAUAUAUCCGGGACGAGUUGCGUCUGCCGCCACAGAAGCGGAUUGUUCUGUCUGUACCGUUCUCGACCGUAGAACAGCAACACUAUGCGACCAUGUUCGAGGAUAUGUGCAAUGCAGUGGGCCUGGAAGCAGACGGCUCACCAGUACAUCCGAGCUGGGACCCCGAGAACUCACUUACAAUAGAGGCGAUGCGUUCGUGGCUGGUCAGAUUGCGGCAGACGUGCCUGCAUCCACAGGUCGGAGGCAAGAAUCGCAAAGCGCUUGGUCGUGGCAAAGGUCCUCUGAGAACUGUCGCUGAAGUUUUGGAAACGAUGAUAGAGCAGAAUGAGACGAUGAUACGAACAGAGGAGCGCGUACUGGUCGGAACCCAUCUCUCGCGAGCUCACAUACUUGGCAACAAUGGUGAGGACGCGCAUCGCAGCGAGAAGGCUCUUGGAAUUUACAAAGCUGCAGUGGAGACCAGUGAGGCACUGGUACGUGAGGCUCGCCAGCGCUUAGCAGCCGCGAAAGCUUCGAUCGCAAUGAAGGGCGAGCUUGUAGUGGAUACGGAGGAUGAAGAGUCCUCCUCGGAGUCGACACCACUACUUGGUCAGCUGAGAGGUCACCUGCGCACCGCUCUCCAGCUGCAACAUGCCUGUACUUUCUUCGCUGCAACUGCCACGUAUCAGAUUAAAAGCAACGAGGCACUCACGAUGUCUGAGUCGGAAGACUUUGCGAAGCUUGAGGAGCAGGAGUCAAACAUGUAUGAUGCUGCCAAGCAGAUCAGGAGAGAGCUGUUGUUGGAGUCGUCUCGGAAAGCAGAGUCGACAAUACGUAAGAUCAAGGAUAACAAGGUCAUCAAGCUGCCAACCAUAAAGGCGUUGGAGAUGGUCGGAAUUGAAGGCCGCAAGCUAGUGGAUAAAAGUGACGAUUUAUUUGACGUGAUCCGGAAGCUAGGUUCACAAAUCACAGCUAUGCGUAAGAAGAUGGCAGAGUAUCUGAUCAAGCCGCUGGUGGAUGAGGAGAAGGAUGGCCAAGAAACCACAGGCGACGAGUACGAGAACAGUACGAAAGAGCAGGAUGAGCUUUACGUGUACUUCGAUGUCGUCAAAGCCAUGCACGCCGACUUGAACACAUUUGUCACUGGCGAGGACGCUCCACUCAUCGAUCACGAGAUGAAGACGCUCGUCCGUGACGCUAUGUGGUAUCUGGAUCCGGAGAUUGAAACAGAUAGUGUCGUUCAUGCGCCGGAGCUGCUGCUCAAGCUGGUGGAAACACGGAACAAGCUUCGGCAGCGCAGGAACGAAGUAGGCUCAGUCCGAGGGUUGAUCCAGCAAGCGCGUGGCCUUGAGGGUGCUGUCGAAUGGAAGGACAACAUUCGCGCCGAGCUCGAACGUACAGUCAUUCAGCAACACCUCACCGCUCUCCAAAAGGUGUUCAAUGACUACACAAAAACCUUGACCGGCCUGGAGAAAGAGGUAGAUCUGUACAGAACCGCGCAGAAUCAGCGCCUAGAGUUCUACAGACAGCUGCAAGAGCUUUCUGAUGCAGUAGCGCCGUACAAAGACGAACUUGACGCCAUCUUGGACUUGCCGGCGCUCGAGGAUGUGAUGGAGAAGGAGGAAGCUCAAGAGAAGACUUUAGCCCAGCACAAAACCAAGAACCGGUUUCUGGUGCAUCUGCGCGACGACAACCAGGGCCAGGAGAACUCGCGGAUCUGUGUCAUCUGUCGGUGUGACUUCGAGAGCGGUGUUCUUACGGUUUGCGGCCACCAGUACUGCAAAGAAUGUAUCCAUCAUUGGUGGCAUCAGCAUCGCACCUGUCCUGUCUGCAAACGUCGACUGCACCGCGUCGACUUUCACGACAUCACCUACAAGCCACAAGAGCUCAAGGCGCAAGAGGAAGUGCAAUCUAGCUCGUCCUCGCCUGGUGGUGAAGGCUCACCAUCUGCAUCCUCGAUCCAGUCAUCUAUCUAUUCUGAUGUGGACAGCAAGCUCAUGAACGAGAUCAAAUCCAUCGACCUACCUUCCAGCUACGGCACGAAGAUAGAUACUCUUGGCCGGCAUCUCCUCUGGAUCCGCGAGCACGACCCAGGCGCCAAGUCUAUCGUCUUCUCACAGUACCGCGAGUUUCUGGAUGUGCUGGGCACAGCACUGCAAGACUUCAAGAUAGGCUUUAGCAGAGUCGGUCAAGCUGGUACGAUCGAAAGGUUCCGUCAUGAUCCGAGCGUCGACUGUCUGUUGCUGGAUGCCAAGACCGACUCUUCUGGGCUCACACUUGUCAAUGCUACCCACGUAUUUAUUUGCGAGCCUUUAAUACAGACUGCGGUUGAACUCCAGGCUAUCGCUCGUGUGCAUCGUAUCGGUCAGACACGACCGACGACAGUAUGGAUGUACCUCGUCAAUGACACCGUCGAGGAAGCAAUCUACGAGAUCUCCGUCAAUCGUCGAUUGGCGCACGUGCAGUCGAGGCAACAGCAGCAAAGACAUGGCAAGUCACGCUCUACUACUCCAGCACCACUCCAGGAAACGGCGCUCGAUGCCGCUAAUUCGGAAGAGUUGCAGACGGCUCCUCUUUCGAAGUUGCUUGUUAGUGGUAAGGGUGGUGGUGAGGUAGUCGGGAAGGAUGAUCUUUGGCAGUGUUUGUUUGGGAAAGCGAGGAAGAACGAGGGUGUGGUGCAGAACAGUGUCGAGGUCGAAAGGGAGAUGGGUCGGCAUUUGAGAGCUGAGGCUGCUGUGGAGAGGAGGGGUGGUGCUGCUUCUUGA